AUGGGGGCUACCACCAUUAGCGACCCACCUCCAGCGACCCACCUCCAGCGACCCACCUCCAGCGACCCACCUCCAGCGACCCACCUCCAGCGACCCACCUCCAGCGACCCACCUCCAGCGACCCACCUCCAGGGACCCACCUCCAGCGACCCACCUCCAGCGACCCACCUCCAGCGACCCACCUCCAGCGACCCACCUCCAGCGUCCCACCUCCAGCGACCCACCUCCAGGGACCCACCUCCAGCGACCCACCUCCAGGGACCCACCUCCAGUGACCCACCUCCAGCGACCCACCUCCAGCGACCCACCUCCAGCGACCCACCUCCAGCGACCCACCUCCAGGGACCCACCUCCAGCGACCCACCUCCAGGGACCCACCUCCAGCGACCCACCUCCAGGGACCCACCUCCAGUGACCCACCUCCAGCGACCCACCUCCAGCGACCCACCUCCAGCGACCCACCUCCAGCGACCCACCUCCAGGGACCCACCUCCAGCGACCCACCUCCAGGGACCCACCUCCAGCGACCCACCUCCAGCGACCCACCUCCAGCGACCCACCUCCAGCGACCCACCUCAGGCCACAUCCGUUUCAUUGAGAAAGACUAUUACGUCGCCUCUCGCCUCAGGUGAGAGGCGAUUCUGUACACACAUUGUUAUGUCUUUUACUAAUAUGCGCUCAAGCUGCCCCACAUCCAGAUUUAGACACCGGGAGCUGCUGCUACUUCCUUCCUUCCUAUUGCUGUGA